AUGCCAGCCAACGGCCAAUCGUUCCUCCUCGAUCCUGAGAAGCCCGCUGGGCUUACCCGAUACUCCCACGCUCGCGUCGUGGCACCGUCCACCCACCACACAAUUUACAUCUCAGGCAUUGCUGCUGUCACUCCCGAAGGCACAUAUGAAGGUGUCAAAGAAAAUGCAGACGGAUCUUUCACAAUCAAUGUACGAGAGCAGACGGCAGCAGUCUUGCGCCGAAUCGACAGCAUCAUUAAGGGAGCUUCCAAUGGGAAGGCAAAUAUCCACAACAUCGUCGAUUCGACAGUCUACAUCUUGGACAUGAAGACACAAUACGCCGACAUGAAUGAAGAGUGGAACAAGAUCUGGUCCGAUCGUGCGCGCGCUCCGAGCCGAGCGACGAUCGGGGUGAAAGAAUUGCCCGAUCCCCGGUUUGCGGUUGAAAUCAAGGCCACGGCCAUUUUCGGCGCUGAGAUGUGA